ACACACACACACACACACACACACAGAGUGACAUCUCCCAUCCUGCACUCUGCAUCACUGUCCUGCAGCAACACAGUCACACACGACUAACCAUCCAGGCCCAGUUUUUGGAGCAGGGGAGCCCAGUCCCGUUGUCGCCCCAAGAUGGAUGCACUCAUGAAGGGGUUCUCCAUGGCCAAAGAGGGGGUGGUGGCGGCCGCCGAAAAGACCAAAGCCGGCAUGGAGGAGGCUGCAGCCAAGACCAAAGAAGGGGUGAUGUAUGUCGGUAACAAGACCAAGGAGGGAGUUGUGUCAUCAGUCAACACGGUGGCCAACAGGACCGUGGACCAGGCCAACAUUGUCGCAGACACAGCCGUGUCCGGCGCUAACGAGGUGUCGCAGGCAGCCGUGGAAGGGGUGGAGAACGUCGCUGCUUCAACCGGGCUCCUGAACCAGGAGGAGUCUGCUGCCUACUUGCAGGGACAAUACGGGGGGAUGGAGCAAGGCGGCCAAGGUGGAGAGGAUUAUUAGCUCACAUCAGGACCUGUUCUCCGUGGCCUCUCGCUCUCCCAGACUCCAAUUCUUAUUUCUUACUCUUAUUUCUUGAUUUUUUUUUGGUUACUUUUCUUGGAACCAAACCCAAGCUGAUGGGACUCUUCCAGAUGCAACAGCAGCAGCACUCUGGCCCCCUCCCUGCCUCCUACCCAACGGUGUGUCACGUGUCGCCCUAAUUAUGCAGCCUUGUCUUGUUCCUGCAACCUUCUGACCCUCCACACACCAAUAUGCAUGAAACACACACAACGUGCAAACUGCCACACAGAGCAGAAGUAACAAUUAGGAAGACCACAUUGGCAAUAAGACGUCUACGGAAUUAAAGUAGCAAUAAGUAAUACUUCACACAGCCUGAACUAUGAAUACAUGUUAUUUUUAAUUUGUUGUGUACUUGUUUUGGUUUGCAUGGCAUUACAGUAUUGUAAUUUAUGUGUGUGUGUGGGUGUGCAAAAGGAGGAGUGAUGGGAUAUGUAGUUCUACUAGCACCAUUUCACUGUAACAAUACAAUAACACGCUCACUUGCUGUUGACCUGCCCAGCUUAUUAGUGUGUGUGUGUGUGUGUGUGUGUGUGUGUGUGUGUGUGUGUGUGUGCGCAUGGUAACAAGACCAGCAGAGUGUGUAUAUGUGAAUGGGAUGUGUCUGUUCUUAGCAUUACAAAUAGAUAACUGCAUGUUGCCUUAUUAAGCUAUACACUAACACACACACACACACACACACACACACACACACACACACGGCACCCUAUUUAGAUUGGCAUUGAUGCAAAGUUGCUGAUUUUAUAAAACUGUAUUCGUGAAAUAAAAUCUUUUGUUGGAAUUCA